AUGGGUAAAUCCAAGCGCAAGACACGACUAUCAUCUCUGCGGCACCAGUCGUGGCCAGUGUUACCUACCGGUGCGGCACUGGUAGGCGACAACGGCUCGGAUGAUGGCAUACCAGUGCCGGUGAUUGGCCGCGAAGUGGUGGCCGAUAUCCGCGACAAACUCCGCAGCCAUAGGCCCGCCGACAGACACCUGGCGCUCGAUAUGAUGUGCCAAUCGAUGGCCAACUUUGACGACACGCCCGACAAAGACAUCAGUGAACUGAUCCGUACAGUGAGUCCCAUGUGUGCGGACAGGGCCGAGAAGUGUCGCUUAGGAGCCGCCGAUUGCUUGUGGUAUAUAUGCGUUGAUAAUCACGCCUUAAGACACGUGGAUGUGAUGUAUAAGCGAUGUUACCUCUCAUCCCUAUCGGACCGCAUGUGUGACCUCAUGAUCAGCGCCGACGUCAUGACACCACUGAUGGCGGCGUUUAAUCAGUACUUCUCAGCCCCCGAUUGGCUCGCGAGUAGUGUCGGCCCCAAAGCACACCUGUCCGCACAACUCAAGCCUCAGAUUUACGUCAAUUUGUGUCGACUGUUGACUAAUUUGUGCGGCACAUCCGAUAAAGCCUUACAUCUGUUCAACGCUUCAAACGUAUGGCAAAUACUGGUCACUGGUAUGAAGUCGUGGGACGUAGACAGCGAAGUGGCCAUCGCUUCCGCUCAGUGUCUAUCAGUGGCGGCCGAAGAGAAUCCCAUACCCGGCCUGAAAAGCGCCGAAAAUAUUGAUUUCAUCAGAGAUUUGUGCCUAAAAUCGCCGCUAAACUCAUCGCAAAUGCAUUUGUCUGUAUUGACGGCUACUAUGGCUCACGAUAUGGAUGUCGUAGCGUCCGGUGCGGUCACUAUGGAACAGGUGUUCACUCUAAUCGACACUACGCUCAGCGCCCAGUGUUUGCCACAAAUGCGUGAAUUAGCCGUUAAUAUACAACAGUUCGUGGACAACGAGAAAGAUAUAGACUUUUUGAGGCAAAACUAUUUGAACGUCAAGAAUGCAGUGUUGGCUAAACGCGUGGCCCUGGAGUUGGUGACCAAUAUGACGGGCGCUGACACCGGCACCGGUAGUAGCGAUGAGGGCGAGGGUAUGGACUGCGAUGAUGAGGACAUGGAGGCCAGUGAUGCCGACGAUAUGGACAGUAAUGUUGGCGAUGAGAAUGACGUGAAACCCUUCGAGUCGACUAUUAGUGAAGAACUGGAGGUUAUAAUACUCGGGAAGGGACUGUUGGCUAAGAUUGGCGACCAUUUGUGUCCAGUGGACGAUGAGCUCAGGGAUCAACUCAUGAGACACAGCUUUGGCGCUGAGAUAGUGAACUGUAUCCAGAGCAUACAACUAUGUGCGCUAAUAUGUGUGCACAAUCUGGUCGACUGUAUAUCACCGGCAAAACUACCCAUUAGUGAACAACUAUGGAAAUACAUCUACAAUACGGUGUUCGACAACAAUCCCGGCGCCGACACCGACCCCCUGGUUGAGGAGGCGACCAAUACUAUCCGAGCACUGAUAGCCCGCACACCGGGUGUCGCUAUAAGUGCCGACGAUUUACAGAAACUGUGUAUAUAUUGCCAAAAGUCGGGGUCAGUGGGCGUGAAGUGUAACGUAAUUAACGUGAUGUCGGUGUGCGGUCAGAGGUCGCAGGACAUGGAGUUUGUCGAGAGGGUGGCCGGUAUGCUGUUGCAGGGCUUGGAGUCGGAACGGGAUCUCCGGUUAAGGGCUGAGCUGUUGGACGCGUUGAUCGACAUAUUCAGCGAGGAUUUGAGGACCGAUGCGGUGGCGCUCCGACUCGAUCUCAUAAACCGUAUGAAAGGGCCGGCAGUUUUGUUUAGGAAAGAGGUGUGUAUUUGUGUUGGGGGAGGGUAUGCCUGUCUGUCUAUAGGGGACAGGCGUCCAAAGCACCGGUAGAUUCCAAGUCCAGUGCCAUCAUAUCGACUGUCAAGCUAAAUGUGAUGGCAUUUAUUAAAUACAAGCAAAAAAUGUUAAGCAGGGCUGGUAUGCGAUAAGUGGGUGCCCCGCAUAUGACAUGUUAUUUGUAUAAUAAAUAGUUUGUUUUUGAAUAAUAAAAUAUUUUUU